UUAUUGUUUGGUUUUGUUUGGGCCCCCUUUGUUAUGUUGGUUGGGGGGAAAAACGCGCAACGUGGACGUGGACUAGAACAGAGCAGCACAGAGCAUAGCUCCCGGCGCACCGCACACCUGUGCCCACCCCCUCCCGAAGAUACGAAAAACACCUGUAACCCCCCGCCCGCCCACCGACGCAACGCCACCAACGAGUGUUCUUCACUUCGUUUCAGUUCUGGAGAGGGUUUUUUCAAGAUAGCAUCUGGUUGAUCGCGAUCUGAUGAUCUGGCAAAUGCGCACAAAUAUACACAACACACACACAUAGCGCGUCUAUAGGAAUCCGGCGAUCCAUGAGCGAGGCGAAGAUGAACGGACGCUCCAUACGCAUCAACCGGCUGCCCGCCACCAUUGUGGCCAUCCUGCUGACCAUCGUCCUGGUCUAUUUCCUCAAUUUCCACCAGGAGGAACGGCCGGCGAUCUAUGGCCUGCUGCGCAGCGAGAAUCCCAAUCGGGUUAAUCUUCGCAAAAUGCUGAUCGCAGCCAUUCAGGCUGCCCAGCGUGGCGGCCUGGAGGUCCUCGAUGUGGCCCGUAGUCGCAAGCUGAAGGAGCGCAGCAAGGGCAAGACGGACGAGGGCGUCAAUGACCCCUUCACGGACGCCGAUGGCCGUUCGCAUUGUGUGAUGAAGCAGGGCCUACAGCGCAUCUUUCCCCGCGUACAAAUCUUCUCCGAGGAGGACAAGGAGCACUGCAAGCAGGCGCACAGCUACGAUCUGGAUCCCACGGUGCUCCACGAAACCGCACAGAUCCCGGAUGUAGCUGUGAAUGCGCAGGAUGUCACCGUCUGGGUGGAUCCCCUCGAUGCCACCAAGGAGUUCACCGAGGAGCUGUACGAGUAUGUGACCACCAUGGUGUGCGUGGCGGUGGCCGGCAGACCCAUCAUCGGCGUGAUCCACAGCCCCUUCAAUGGCCAAACGGCCUGGGCCUGGGUGGGCAACUCGAUGUCGGAGUAUCUGGCCAGUCUGCAUCCGCAGCAUGCUCCGGACAACCAGGCGCCCAUUAUCACAGUCUCACGUUCGCACACGGCGGGUGCCAAGGAUUUGGCCCGUGGCAUCUUUGGCGAGGAUGUCAACCUGCUGACGGCGGCGGGUGCGGGCUACAAGGUGCUCCAAGUGGUGGCCAACAAUGCCACUGCCUAUCUGCACACCUCCAAGAUCAAGAAGUGGGACAUUUGCGCGGGGGAUGCCAUACUGAAUGCCCUGGGCGGCACAAUGACCACGCUGAAUGAUCAGUUGAUCAACUACGGCCCAGAGGAAUCGCCCGUGAAUACGGAGGGUCUGCUGGCCACCUUGGAGCGGCAUGCCGAGUACAUGGACAAGUUGUCCAAGUACAGGGCGGCGCACAAUGGCAAGCUGGCGUAGGGGUUAGCCAGCUCCAGCACUUGGACCCUCUAUUCCCCUCUCCACUGAUCAUCGUUUAGGCAACAUUCAAAAAUAGCUCUAAGUUCUAAAGAUGGAAACCUGUUUUUCGUAAUCUCGAUAUCUGUUUGUGCGUGUGCUUCUUUUUUUUGCAUAAUUACGUUGGUUGUGCGGCGGCGCGGCGGGGUCAUGAACCCGGACCGAACCAAGCCGCCCAGUUGGCUCAAAAUAAACUAAUUUUAAAUUGUAA